AUGUUCUCCUCAUUGGCGUCCUUGGCUUCGCUGGCCCUGUUGGUCUUGCAGCCGAGCGCCGUGGGCGCAAUUCAAACCAUUUCCGCGGUCGGGUCCAAGUUCUUCUACGAGAAUGGUACCCAGUAUUACCUCAAAGGCAUCGCCUAUCAGCUGACUCCUGAUGAUCCCCUGGUCGACGAGGCCCAAUGCAAGCGCGAUAUCGUUCGCAUGGCCCAGUUGGGAGCCAACAGUAUCCGUGUGUACCAUGUGGAUCCAAAAUUAGAUCACAAGGCUUGCAUGUCAGCGUUCGCUGAUGCGGGCAUUUAUCUGUUCGUCGAUCUCGACACUUUCACCACGCAGAUUGAGCAGACUAGCCCUCACUGGAAUCAGACCCAGUUCGACCGCUUCAAGGAAGUCGCCGAUGAGUUCGUCCAGUUCGAUAACACCGCCGGUCUGUUCGUCGGCAACGAAGUCGUCACUACAUCCAAUGGUUCAGUGGCUGCGCCAUACGUUCUGGCUGCAGCCCGUGAUAUCAAGGCAUACAUCCGAGACAAGGCCGACUACCGAAAGGUCCCAGUCGGCUACUCAGCCGCAGACAUCUCUUCCCUCCGCCCCAUGCUCCAGAAUUACUUCGCCUGCAGCAGCAAUGCCUCCGAGCGCCUGGACUUCUACUCGCUGAACGCCUACGAGUGGUGCGGCUCUUCGAGCUACACCACAUCCGGCUACGACAUGCUUCAGAAGAACGCGACAGACUACCCCAUUCCCAUCUUCUUCUCCGAAACAGGUUGCAACACCCCAUCGCCCCGCACCUUCGCGGACCAGGCUGCUAUUUUUGGCUCCGAAAUGAGCGAUACUUGGUCUGGUGCUAUCAUAUACGAGUGGAUCGAGGAGACAAAUGACUAUGGGCUUAUUAGCUACGGCCCUGCUAACACUAAUGCCGCUGCUACAAACACCCUUGUCGAGGGAGGUUAUACUCGUGGCGGAACUCCUACUCCUGUCUCACCCGACUUUGGUAAUCUCCAGUCGCAGUGGGCUACCCUAAACCCGACUGGUGUUGCCCUUGCCUCUUACAAGAAGUCUACCGCUACCAUCAGUGCUAUCGAGUGUCCUGCCUCGACCUCGGGUGUCUGGGACGUUGACCCGAGCUCUUCGCUCCCUACUAUCGGCCAGACAUACGGCAAGAGCUCCGGUUCCACCAAGACCGCUGGUGGACAGGAUAGCACUGCGACUACCUCUGGCGCGACUGCCUCGGCUACAAAAGGUGCUGCUAGUGCCUUGCAGGUCAGUAGCCCUGUGACAGAGCGCUUGCUCAUAAUUUCCCUGUUCCUGUCUGCUGUCUUGGGAGUCUUUUCUUUCUGGCUGUAG